AAAUGUAUUAUUUUAUAUAAGAAAACUAUUUUAUAUAAGAAAACUCAAUAAUAGAAUAUAAGAAAAGUCAAUAAUAUGUCUAGAAAAACCACCAUACUAUCACGCUGUUAAAUGCAGCCAAAGAUAAUAAAUCUUUACAAUAUGCGCCACUGUCAAUACAAUGAAUGGGAAUGGAAUGCAACCAUUUGAUAUGCCUCGGGCUCUCUGCAUUCACAAUAAUUUAAACAUGAUAGAGCCUGAUAUCGAAAAACCACAUUGUUGUUCAACUCGAACUGUGACUUUCUGAUCAGUGCCUUUGAGGUGUCUUUGUAUUUGUUUUUCUUGUACCAGUUCCAUCCUUGUGGCCACACCCCUAUGGUUAAAACCUGGUGUGACUUGAAAUCUGAAUCAACAACAGCGUCAUUUCCACAGAAAUCGCCCUGAUACAUACAAGGCAGACAAUGUAUGCAGUUGUUACCUUGCAAGAUUCAAACGAAUUGAUGGUGGCAGCAUCAAACUGGUUGACCCUAGACAAGAGACAAUGUUACUGGCCCUCAUUCAGAUCACCAGAGAAGUGUACAGAAGCUGUCAGAAACAAACUUGAGCCUUUAACAGCAGGAAUACCAUGGGAUAUAUUAAAAAUUCACUGUCAUGAAGAAUGUGACACUUUGGAAGAGGCUCAGAAGGAAAAACUAAGAAUGAAAAAUGUCAUUGAAAUCCUAAAAAGACAAAAACCUGAAAACCCACAAGGAAUGUCCAAAAAUCCACCAUUAGACCCAUCUACAUCAACAUCUGCGUCCAGAAUGUCAACUCAUGACAAGGAUGAAAUCCUCCAAAUGCUGAAAGAAAUCAAGAGCAAGGUUGAUAAAAACUCCACCAUGUUACAGAAACUAUUAAAAGAGACUCAGGUUUCUGACGCAGCCCCCAGCAGCACAAGCAGCACAAGCAGCACGCACUCGAAAGAUAUUCCGUUAAACGCAAAUCUACCUCUUUUAACCCUUGAAGAUUUGGAGAAGACUGAACAGGAGCUCAAAAAAACAGUACAGCGCAAAAAAUAUGUAAAAUACCUGUCAGGACUUGGAGGGUUUGGGCCGAAGGCUGUGAUUAAGAAUAUAAUGCAAAAAGUCCUAACAGAUGAUUUGGCUAAAGAGUUUAACUGGCAGGGGAGAGGGGAAAAAAGACCCUUCUCUCGUCUUGGUUUAGCAGAUAUAAUAAAAGAAGCUGCAUCCAAGCAUAAAAUUACUGAGAAGGAUUGUGAAACUGAAAUAAAGAAGCAUUUGAGCUACACAGCUGAUCGAUUGUGUCGGAAGAAACCAAAAGAUAUGGGUCCUGGAGCAGUGAACCAAGAUAGGAUUUCUUUCAGUGCCUCCAAGUUUGAGUUUUCUUUAUUCGAAGAUCAUAAAAACCAACUGUAAUUGCCCAGACAUGCAUCAUUUGCAUAAUACAAACAUUACGCCUUUUUCUAGCACAACAGCUUAAUGCCUCACUUCUACUCUCCUAAUUUUCGGUUACUUCUUGAUUUAUGCACAGUCGGCCAAAUGUCAUUCAAGGAACUUUAGCGAAUCUUUUUUUUAUUUAAACAUCUCUUUGUAUAUCAAUGCAAGUGCUUUGAGUGAAACACUACUGCAAUCGCUAAAAUCACUAUACUUCAUCUUUGUCACUUACUGUAAAUCUACAGAUAGAAUGUUUCGCACACAACUUACAACCUGCUUUAGUGCAUGCCAACAAUCAGAUCCAAUGUCCGAAGUAAAAACAAAACAAAACCUGGUGUGGCUUCCAAAGUAAUAAAUAUUGUGUAAUGAUAAUAACAAAUAAUCUAUUGUAUAUACUAUAUCAAACAUGUUUUUACUUAGUUAUAAUGUUUCUGAUGUCCACUAGGACAUGACUGUGAUGACUCCAGUAACAAAUGUUGUUUAGAGACCAAAGGAUUUUCACUUGCUUGCAAUCUUUCUGGCACCUAAGGUCAAUACAAACAAAGAUAUCCGUCUGGAGCGGGAAAAAAACCUGCAACAAUGCGAAGCAAAAGAACAAGAAGCCAUGUGUUUUUGUACAAGUCUUAUUUAAAGGGAUAUUUUACAGGCAAAAUAAAAUUUCCCCAUGUUUUAUGCGCGUGAACCUGAUGCUUGUUUUUCGGCAAAUGACGGUGAUGAGAGCUCCCGCGCAGAGGAGACGACAUCCUAUUGGAACAAAACGAAAAAAUGCUGCGUUCGUCAGCGGAACUUACGACACGCCUGCAUCAUUUGCCGGAGAAACAAGCCUCAGGUUCACGCUCAGCAGAGGGAUAACGCAAGCUAGACAUCAACGUUAAUAGCGCUGUCAAUAUGGAUAUUUCUCUUAAACAAACGCAUCGAUUCGCUUCAGAAGACCUGUGUUAAGACCACAGAGCCGUGUCGAGCAGUUCUUUGAUCGAUGGAUGCACUUUUCGGAGUCUACGUCCAUUCACUCCCAUUCUACCGCUUGGAAGAAAAAUGAUACGUGGUCUUAUAACUCCGACUGCAUUAUUCUUCAAGAAGAAAGUCAUAGUCAGUCAGGAUGCCUUGAGGGUGAGUAAAACAUUGGGAAAUUUAGUUUUACCUAUGAAAUAUCCCUUUAAGGAGUAGUUCGCCUUCAAAAUGAAAAUUCUGUCAUCAUUUACUCAACGUCUUGUUAUUUCAAACCUGUAUGACUUACCUCCUUCCGCAGAACACAAAAGAAGAUAUUUUGAAGAAUGCUGUCAACAGUUCCCCAUUUACGUGCAUUGGUUGCAAUAGAAGUGAAUGGGGGACUGUGCUGUUCUGUUACCAACAUUUUUCAAAAUAUCUCCUUUUGUGUUCUGCAGAAGAAAGAAAGUCAUAUAGGUUUGAAAUGACAAGAGGGCAUGUAAAUGAUGAGAGAAUUUUUAUUUUGAAGGUUCAGUUCAUUUACAAACUCUGGGUGUAUUUCGUUUGCCAAUGAUAACAUGUAUUUUUAAUUUGUUCCAUCACAUUUAGAGAAUUAUUGAUGUGUUUUUGUAUGCUUAGUUUUCUUGAUUAAACUGUAUUUGUCAAGUUUUAUUUUUGUUAGUAAAUCACUCAUUUGGUUAGUAAAAACAACGUUUGCGUGUUCCAGAGCCAUGCAUUUUGUCAAUCAGAAUUUGAAUUAAAAUUUAUACCAAUUUUU